UCUCCGUGUGGUCGAUGGGUUGGAAGUGCAUCCAUCAUCGACGAGAGUAAUCAGUCUCAAAAAUCAACAAAGUCAAGAUCACCCAAUAAGUUUAGGAGCAUUAAGGCACAGCAAUGAAUGGCGACGGUUCUGACAACGGCGCACCUGAUUUUGAGGCGUUGAAAAAAUCCGUGAAAAAUGGCAUUCGCAAGGCGGUGGAGGCAACGAAUCGUCUUCUCGCAUCUCUAGAGACGACCACUGAUAGCGUCAGCAAACCGUUGGCAAAGGGUGUGAAAAAGGUUGAACAAGAAGGUUCUUAUCUGGCUGGACAAGUUAUGCGCGUAUACGAGCGCCGUUAUGAGUAUGGUCCUCACUUGGUCGCGGGCAGCGCUCUGGCAGUUGGAGGAUUGAUGACGCUUCGACGCGGUAAGAUCUUAGGUGCUGCGUCAGCUGCCUUAUCUGGGGGUCUCGCUUACGUUGCGGUUUAUGAGCCAAUUCCGCUGCAAGACAUGCCUGAUCUUAUUUUUGGAUCAAAAAAAUAGUAUAUUCUGCAACUUGAUCUCGAAAUUAGAAGGCAUUCAGUUCUUAUACGCAUAUGGAGCUGAUGUAGCUCACUAUUAGCAAUAUUUACAGGCGAUCCAUUCAUUUACGAUGU